UUAAUUGUUGAUCCACCUUUACCCGCCUAUUACUAAGGAACUUUUGGGUUUAUCGUGCUAAUUUUGAUUUACAUGAUUCCUCCUUCUUACGAUGCUAUACGUAAGUGUGCCGUAAAGUUUUUAGCUCGUCAACGACUGUAACGGUAAUUGUUGAUCUUUUAACAGUCUUUUUUUUUACACUGAGGAUACUUUUGUUGAUCAAUAUAAACUUUGCUUGAUCAACAUUUGCCGCGGAUUCUUGCUUUUUGAAUAACGCGGUAAUAAUGCAAAAACGAAACGGAAGUAUUAUAUUAAAAUGAGAUAGAAAGUGUGCCCGCGACUUAGCGAGUUCCAAAGAAGUUGGCCUAGCUCAGUCGGAUUUUGUGUCCCGUGCAUCAAGGUUUUCGACAAGUUGGACGACGUGUAUUUGGAAAAAUAUUACGAUUUUUGUUUAUUAUUUUUGUUCAGGAGAUGGACGACACAAGUACUAAAACAGAUAUACUACGUGAUGACGCAAUAGUUGAAGAAUCCGAAUCUGAAACAAAUUCAUCAAACUUACCUAUAUAUGAUGGCGAUAUGCAGACAAAUUCACGAGAAAAUAGUAAGAUAAGGAUAAUCUCGAAUAUAGACAUAUCGGGAAUAUCAUCGUUGGUAAAUGUUGGCGAUAUUGAAAGAGUCUCCCUAUCAGAUUUAAAUUUAAUUGAACCUAUGUGCUUUGAUCAGAUGAUAGAAGAUAGUCCUAAAUUAUUAUGUAACCACGAAACUGCGGAACCAAAGACACCUCCUCGAAAAUACCGAAUCAGAGCAUGUCACAAGUUUACUAAAAGCCGAAAAAUAGAUUCCGAGACUGAUAAUCAGGAUUUUUCCUCCAGUGACGGUUCAGAUUUUGACCCGGAUUCUUCUAAUCGAUCUCGUGAUGACUCAAUGAGCCUUGUUCCUCUAUCAGAUGUAAUUGUCAAUAUUAUAGGUACAAACAAUUAUUAACUUACUUAUUAUUUUUAUAAAUAUAUAAAAAAAAAAUCUUUCAGAUUAGAGAUCAUCCAGAUAACAAAAUAUUUUGGAAAAUGUCUCUUUUAGAAAAACAUGAUUCUUCUCCGGACAUUUUUCCUUUAGAACCAUCUUUUUCCAAGCUAAGUGAGAAUAAUGAUCAGGUAUUUUUUCUUGUAUAAGUAAUAAUUAUCAUUAAUAAUUGGACGUAGAUACGCAAACACAUACACACUCACACAUACACGCACGC